AUGAAGAGAAGCACCCUCGUCAUCCUUUCCAUCACAGGGGUCUACAGUGCCAUUCUCCACACAGCAGCAUGGUCUGUGAAUAACUUUCUGAUGACAGGACCUAAGGCUUACCUGACGUACUCCAGCAGUGUGGCGGCCGGGGCACACAGUGGGAUGGAGGAGUGCAAGUUCCAGUUUGGGUGGGAGCGCUGGAACUGCCCCGAGAGCGCCCUGCAGCUCUCCACCCACAACCGGCUCCGCAGCGCUACCCGGGAAACCUCCUUCGUGCAUGCCAUCAGCUCAGCCGGGGUCAUGUACACCCUCACCAGGAACUGCAGCCUGGGAGACUUCGAGAGCUGCGGCUGUGAUGACUCCAGGAACGGCCGCGUCGGUGGCCGAGGCUGGGUCUGGGGAGGAUGCAGUGACAAUGUGGAGUUCGGGGAGAAGGUUUCCAAGCUCUUCGUGGAUGCCUUGGAAACAGGGCAUGAUACCCGUGCGCUGAUUAACCUGCACAACAACGAAGUGGGGAGACUUGCAGUGAAAGACACAAUGAAGAGAGCUUGCAAGUGCCACGGGGUGUCAGGCAGCUGCAGCAUCCAGACCUGCUGGCUGCAGCUCACCGAGUUCCGCGAGAUUGGCAACUACCUGAAGAUCAAAUACGACCAAGCCCACAAGCUGGAGAUGGACAAGAGGCGUGUGAGAGCUGGCAACAGCGCCGACAGCCGCGGCGCCACAGCAGAGACCUUCCACCACAUCCACGCCACGGAGCUCGUCUUCCUGGAGGACUCCCCCGACUACUGCACGAGGAACGCCAGCCUGGGCCACCACGGCACCGAGGGCCGCGAGUGCCUACAGACUGGCAAGAACCUCUCACAGUGGGAGAAGAGGAGCUGCCGGCGGCUCUGCACCGAGUGCGGCCUGCGAGUGGAGGAGCGGAGGACGGAGGUGGUGGCCAGCUGCAACUGCAAGUUCCACUGGUGCUGCACGGUGCGCUGCGAGCAGUGCCGGAUGCUGGUGGCCAAGCACUUCUGCACCCGCCGUGACUCCGCUGCCCCCAACCACAUCAGGCAGAGGAACAGGGGGCACAGGAGAUAG